AUGGGAGGUGGAAAGGACAAGCACGACGAAUCUGACAAGGGGCUUUUCUCUCAUCUCGGGGGUCAUUACCCGCCUGCCCCCGGAGGCUACCCUCCUCAAGGCUACCCACCAUCAGGUUAUCCUCCGCAAGGAGGGUACCCGCCAUCGGGAUAUCCUCCGCAAGGAGGGUACCCGCCUGCUGGCUACCCCCCUGCCGGUUCAGCUGGUCCACAUGGACCCCAUCACCCAGGUGGGUCCAUUGGAGGGAUGAUAGCGGGAGGUGCUGCAGCUGCGGCCGCUGCUUAUGGCGCUUCACAUCUGAUGCAUGGCAGUGGGCAUCAUGGCGGUGGUUAUGCACAUGGUCAUGGCAUGCCGGGCAUGGGCCAUCACGGCAAGGGCAAGCACGGGAAGUUCAAGCAUGGCAAGUUUGGCAAGCACGGCAAACACAAGGGAGGAAAGCAUGGAUUUGGGAUGCAUGGUGGCAAAUUCAAGAAGUGGAAGUGA